UGUCUACUUUUGAAUGAGUCUGUUCUUUCGGGAAUUAUCUUUACAAAUAAUCGAAAAUAACUUGAAUUGUUUUCGCUCUUGGGGAAUCGAUCUUUGUAAAUAAGCUGUGAAGGUACACGAAUCUCUCCUUAAACGAUCUUUGGAAGUAAUCCGGGAGAGCGCCGAAUUUCUGCGGAGUCGGCCUUCGUGAAACACCUUGGAGAACUCGGAAUUUUACGGACGGACUUUAACGACCGAGACACGGAGUUUCGCGUAAUCGGCUUAGAACUCCGUUCAUGUCGCAGACUUCGAAGGAGGACGCCGACGCGAUGAAGGCCAACACGGCGGCGACGAAGAUCCAGGCCAAUUUCCGCGGAUACCGUGUGCGAAAACAGCUGAAGGAAUCUACUCAACGUCGUCGACAGCAGAAUCAGCAGGACCAAAAACGGGAUCAACAGCAGCAGCAACAGCAGGAACGUAUGAAACCGAAGGAGCAUUUACUGAAGAGGCAGAGUACUCGGGAGGCGCUCGAGGAGAAGUCGGCGACGAAGAUCCAGGCGGGCAUUCGCGGUUUCCUGGUGCGAAAGAGACAGCAGGCCGUUCAAGCAGCGGCAACGAGGAUCCAAGCCGGCUUCCGCGGCUUCAGGACGCGGAAAUUGCUGAAGCAAAACGGCCAGUAAGCUGUCCCUUCCUGGCAUGAGAAACGACGUGGGACGUUGACGCGCGCAAGAGCAUUUUGCGGAUUCCUUUGUAACUCGGACAAGACCUGCAAUUGGAUCGGAGGCGAG